CAACCUUCCCCGCUCUAACUCUAUUUACUCUACAAGUCAACGUCAACAACAACAACAACGUUCUUUGCCCUCUCUCUCUCUCUCUCUCUCUCUCUCUCUCUCUCUCUCUCUCUCUCUCUCUCUCUCUCUCUCUCUCUCUCUCCUUCUUUCACGCACACUUCGUGGCUAAUAUAUUCCAACCAGAAGCAACCCUCUCGAACACACACUUCUCUCCUAAAACACACAAAAAAUGGUGGCUGCAACUCCCGGCGGCUCAAUGAAGAGCUUAACCAUCCAAAUCCUAACCGGAAGAUGGUUUAUGUUCUUUGGGAGUCUCUGGAUCAUGUCGGCGGCUGGAGCCACUUACAUGUUCAGUCUCUAUUCAGGCGAUAUCAAGAAAACCUUAGGCUACGACCAAACCACACUUAACCUCCUCAGUUUCUUCAAAGAUCUAGGAGCCAACGUUGGAGUCCUAGCAGGUCUAAUCAACGAGGUGACUCCUCCUUGGUUCAUCCUCAUAAUAGGAGCUGUACUUAACUUCUUUGGCUACUUCAUGAUUUGGCUAGCCGUCACAAAACGAAUCUCGAAGCCUCAAGUUUGGCAUAUGUGUCUCUAUAUCUGCGUUGGAGCCAACUCACAGUCGUUUGCUAAUACUGGAUCGCUUGUCACGUGCGUUAAGAACUUCCCGGAGUCACGUGGUGUUGUCUUGGGGAUUCUUAAGGGGUAUGUUGGUCUUAGUGGCGCCAUUAUUACACAGCUCUACCAUGCCUUUUAUGGAGAAGACACCAAAUCUCUCAUCUUGAUGAUUGGUUGGUUACCUGCAGCAGUCUCGUUUGCUUUCUUGAGGACAAUAAGGAAUAUGAAAGUGGUGAGACAGACAAAUGAGCUAAAGGUGUUUUAUAACUUCCUCUACAUAUCUCUCGGGCUCGCCACAUUUCUCAUGGUGGCCAUCAUCACCGACAAACUCUCCGGCUUUACACGGAGUGAGUAUGGAGGCAGCGCAGCCGUGGUGAUCAUCUUGCUUGUUUUACCGAUCAUAGUUGUCGUAUGGGAAGAAAAGAAGCUUUGGUCGGAUAAACAAGUCGCCUUAAACGAUCCAGCACCGAUCAAUAUCGUCACGGAGAAACCAAACCUAGACUCAUCCGAAGUCAAAGAUGAUAAUGAAAGGCCAACGGAGGCGGAGAGUGUUAAAACGGCGUCGUGUUGGACGACUAUGUUUAUCCCACCGGAGAGAGGAGAUGACUAUACUAUCUUGCAAGCGUUGUUUAGUGUGGACAUGUUGAUUUUGUUCUUAGCGACCAUUUGUGGCGUGGGAGGGACUUUGACGGCUAUAGACAACUUGGGUCAAAUUGGAGGCUCAUUGGGUUAUCCAAAGAGAAGUGUAAGCACGUUUGUGUCACUCGUAAGCAUAUGGAACUACUUUGGUCGUGUAGUUUCAGGUGUGGUCUCUGAGAUCUUCUUGAUCAAAUAUAGAUUCCCAAGGCCUUUGAUGCUCACACUGAUCCUCCUCUUGUCCUGCGCCGGUCACCUUCUUAUUGCUUUUAACGUCCCUGGUGGACUCUACGUCGCAUCGGUCAUCAUAGGGUUUUGUUUUGGUGCGCAAUGGCCGUUACUAUUUGCUAUCAUCUCCGAGAUUUUCGGGCUUAAGUACUACUCUACAUUGUAUAACUUCGGUUCGGUCGCAAGCCCGAUCGGGUCUUACUUGCUAAACGUACGGGUGGCGGGUUAUUUGUACGAUGUGGAGGCCGAGAAGCAGAACAAUGCGUUAAAGAUACCUAGAAUUGAUGGGAGAGAUUUGACUUGCACAGGCACAGCUUGUUUUAAAUUGUCUUUUAUUAUAAUUACUACGGUAACUUUGUUUGGUGUAUUGGUCUCGAUGAUUUUGGUGAUCCGGACCAGGAAGUUCUACAAGAGUGAUAUCUACAAGAAGUUUAGAGAAAAAGCGUUGGCCACCGAGAUGGAAAUGGCGGCGGCGGCGCCAGCAAGAUCGACGGUGGAGGAAGCAAAAAAAGGAUAAUGUUAAUAGCAAAGUCUUAGGCAAAGAAAAAAAAACGUCUUAGGCAAAGGAGGGGAAAGUUUUUAAGUAGAUGAUUGUUAAAGGUAUGCUCGAUAAGAAAAUAUGGUUAAGUGGUUUCUAAAACAUAUUAUAUGUUCAGUACUAUGUAAGGCUUUUGGAAAGCAGUACUUUAUUCA